CGCAUUUCUACGACACCAGCUCUCUGCCCAAGAAAUGGCCGACAGACGCCGUAUCAACGGGCCCAGCUGCGGCACGGCACCACCAUUGUUUAUGGGCAGUGGUGUAAGUAGCCCCGAGACGAAGAGCAGGUUGGCUCGAACAAGAGCGCCAAAUGAGAUUCGGAAGAUUUUUCUCAAAACUGGUGUCACUCCGUCUGCUUCAGGCUCCGCAUAUCUCGAGUGCGAAUCACAGCCGAAAUCAUCAACCCCCAAGUUGUCAUCACUAUCAUCGUCUGGGCUUAAAAUAAGCUGUACUGUCCAUGGGCCACGACCACUGCCCCGAUCUGCCCCAUUUUCGCCCCAUGUUGUCCUGGCAGCUCAUGUUAAAUACGCCCCAUUUGCUACCCGGAAGAGGCGUGGGUACCAGCGAGAUGCAGGCGAGCGCGACCUUGCAAUGCACCUCGAAACGGCGUUGAGAGGAGUUAUUAUUGGAGACCGAUGGCCAAAAAGCGGAGUCGACGUUGUUGUCACGAUUUUGGAGGGCGAGGAGGAUCAAUGGUGGGAGGACGACAACCAGGCUGAAUCAGGACCAGCGGGUCAGUGGGGUAUGAUGAAUGUUCUUAGCGGCUGUAUUACAGUUGCUUCUGCUGCUAUUUCCGAUGCGGGAAUUGAUUGCGUGGACAUGGUCUCCGGUGGGGUAGCAGCGGUAGUAAGAGAUCGAGAGUUACAAGUGUCCGCUAAAUCCGGAACUCUUCUACAUCCUACCUUGGUUUUAGAUCCGGUGCCCUCGGAGCACUCAGAGAUACUGGCAGCCUGUGUGGUAGGAUAUUUACCUUCACGAGACGAGAUCACAGAUCUCUGGGCGAAGGGGGAUUUUGACACGGAAUAUUCGGAAGACGGACACUCCUCUUACGAUUCUUUAUCGGAAAAUGCUAUCGAAGCGGCAAAGAGGUCAUACCGAGUACUAGAUGCGGCACUGACAGAGUCCGUAGCUCUGAAGUUGAGAGGUUGACAGGAGGCAUCACGGCAAACCCAACAUACCUGAGCUCUGGGAAAGACGCGGUAGCAAGCUGUGGAAGGCAGCUGCGGUCAGAAGCCAUGUGUCAGAAGGCAUGUCCGACUAUCAGAACCGGAGCGGAAAUAUGCAAUGGCAAGGAGACUAACCGCUUGAUCCUACUAAAUCCUUUGGGAUAGGGUAGAUCUCCCUCACGAAGAACUCGUACCCUAUACACACUACAGUACAAUGAGUGAGAGUUUUUAUCCAAUGACACAAUAAUAAAUCACGUGUCAUAGGGUUGUCGCCAAGGACACAUUGAAAAAUCUGCUUAAUAAGCACAUUAUACUAGCGCCGUAUGUCAACUAUAAGUUUUCAAAAUAUUCUCGUUUCCAAACAUUUAAAAGUGUAAAAGUUCCGCACAAUGGAUCUGAACAUUGUCAGACUCAGCAAUACCAAUGCUUGAUUGUUAUGGUUAGUACAUCCAAUCCUAUUCCGAUCCCAUCUUCGAUAUGAUUCAACAAUCUGUCAAUCCCCUGAGAACCAGAGUCUCUCUGGAUAUGAAGUUCAAAUAUAUGUUUUAAUUAAUGAUUUAUCGUCACUACUUUCCACAUUACUCCAAAAUCACCUUCUUGUC